CAGUAUCACGGAGCACACAGGCUUGCCACUUCUUUGUCCUUUUCACUCUAUUUCCUCUCCUCUCGAAGGGAGGAAUACAGAAAAAAACUUGUCAAUGGCUUUCUCCACUACUGUCGACGGCUUCCUCCUCUCUUUGUUUAAACCUCGUAAUGCCAUUUUUGGUCCUCCAACCCCAUCCUUCUCCGGUUUCUCUUAUCCUGUUUUUGUUCAAACUCCAAAACAAUCGCGGGUACUGCGAAGUAGCUCUGUAAGAGCUUCAUCAUCAUCUUCGUCUAUCUCUUCCACUGCUCUUGCAGAGCCAGAAGGCAUUAAGAUUAACUUGGUUCCCGCAAAGCCGAUAGAAGGACAAAAAACUGGUACUAGUGGGCUCCGAAAGAAGGUGAAAGUGUUUCAGCAAGAAAAUUACCUCGCCAAUUGGAUCCAGGCGUUGUUUAAUUCACUGUCUCCGGAGGACUACAAGAAUGGAUUAUUAGUUUUGGGGGGCGAUGGUCGUUACUUCAAUCGGGAAGCUGCGCAGAUAAUUAUCAAGAUUGCUGCUGGAAAUGGUGUAGGAAAAAUUUUGGUCGGCCAGGAAGGUUUAUUAUCGACACCAGCUGUUUCUGCUGUAAUAAGGAAGAGGAAGGCAAAUGGUGGAUUUAUCAUGAGUGCAAGCCAUAAUCCUGGUGGGCCAGAAUAUGAUUGGGGCAUUAAGUUUAAUUACAGCAGUGGCCAACCUGCUCCAGAAUCCAUUACUGACAAGAUUUAUGGGAACACUCUAUCCAUAUCAGAAAUAAAAGUGGCUGACAUUCCUGAUGUUGACUUGUCAAAUUUUGGGGUGACGAGGUAUGGAAGCUUCAGUGUGGAGGUGAUAGAUCCAGUUUUUGACUAUUUGGAGCUGUUGGAGUCUGUAUUUGAUUUCCGGCUAAUUAAAAGCCUUCUUUCACGGCCAGAUUUUAGGUUCGUAUUUGAUGCCAUGCAUGCCAUUACUGGUGCUUAUGCAAGGCCCAUAUUUGUUGAUAAACUAGGUGCCAGUCCGGAAUCAAUUUUAAAUGGGGUCCCUUUAGAAGAUUUUGGACACGGUCAUCCAGAUCCUAAUCUUACAUAUGCUAAGGAACUUGUCAACAUUAUGUACGGUGAAAAUGGACCAGAUUUUGGAGCUGCCAGUGAUGGUGAUGGUGAUAGGAACAUGAUUUUAGGAAGAGGCUUCUUUGUUACGCCUUCAGAUUCUGUCGCUGUUAUUGCGGCCAAUGCACAGGCAACAAUCCCAUACUUUAAGAAAAGUGUUAAGGGUCUUGCUCGAUCAAUGCCAACUAGUGGUGCUCUUGAUCGUGUUGCUGAAAAAUUGAACCUUCCUUUCUUUGAGGUCCCCACUGGCUGGAAGUUUUUUGGAAAUCUUAUGGAUACUGGAAAAUUGUCAAUAUGCGGAGAAGAGAGCUUUGGAACAGGUUCUGAUCAUAUUCGUGAGAAGGAUGGCAUCUGGGCUGUAUUAGCUUGGCUUUCUAUUAUUGCACACCGCAACAACGACAAGAAACUAGGGGAAAAAUUGAUUUCUGUAUCUGAUGUUGUGAAGGAGUAUUGGGCAACUUAUGGUAGAAAUUUCUUUUCCCGCUAUGACUAUGAGGAGUGUGAAUCAGAAUCUGCCAACAAGAUGAUAGAACACCUACGAGAGAGUAUUUCAAAGAGCAAGCCAGGUGACAAGUAUGGAAGUUAUGUCCUCAAGUUUGCAGAUGAUUUUAUGUACACUGAUCCAGUAGAUGGAAGUGUGGUGUCAAAGCAAGGUGUUCGGUUUGUUUUCACGGAUGGAUCAAGGAUUAUAUAUCGAUUAUCAGGUACGGGUUCUGCAGGCGCAACCAUAAGAGUUUACAUCGAAAAGUUUGAAUCAGACCCCUCUAAACAUGACGUGGACGCUCAAACUGCCUUAAAACCGUUAAUAGAUUUGGCUUUGUUGGUGUCGAAGCUCGAGGAAUUCACUGGGAGAGAUAAGCCAACAGUCAUCACAUGAUGCAUCAAGUGUUUACAGUACACUCAGUGGCUUGUUCGUCCUACCAGGCUAGUUGUCCUGCCUAUUCCAUGACUAAAGCUCUCAUUGGUCUUUCAGUUUCAGCCUUGGAAUGAGCAAAAUUUGAAGCAAGAGGCAAAAUAAGUAUUGUGCGCUUUCAAAAUUACAAUAAUAAUGUCAAUAAUGCCAAUAAGGACAUUGGUUCCCGGCAAAAGGAACUGAUGCAUUUUAAAGUUUUGUUCAAUUCCUGGAAUAAGAACCUGUAGUUAUAUGAUCAUAAACAGGAUUACAUGUUGACAUGUUUGCUUGUACAGUUGCAUCAUGAACAGAAUUUUCGUUUACUUUAAUUGAAGAAGGUACAACAUUGUUUCUUCUUUCUA